AUGUCUGGUUUCCAGUUAGCUACUGGUUCACAGAUCUUUUCAAGAUCCUCCACCUACACGGUGCAGUCCAUCCUCGGACAGGGCUCUUAUGGCACAGUCGCACAGUGCACCAACAUGUGCGACAACACAACUGUUGCCAUCAAGACUAUGAAGGAUGAGUACCCUUUUGAUGAUGCAGCAAGGAAAGAGGUGGGAAGAGCAAACUAGCCGUGCUUACUUAAAACUUAGGCAGAUUGUUUUCUAUCCACAGUAUCUGAUCACUUCUCUUUAAUGUGUGUAAAUCCAAACUAAAACCUGUCUGUCAUCUUUAUCAUCUUUAUCAUCCCAUCUGUAUAUUUCGCAUUUUAUAUUUAUUACUCAUUUCAUAUUUAUUACUCAUUUCAAUAACCCACGUUCUUCAUAUCUCACUUUUUUCUCUUAGGAUGUUUAGUAUAUUUAGUCUGUAUUUAUUGUAUAUACUUACUAUUUUUUUUAGUAUAUUUAGUCUGCAUUGUACUUUCGUCUUCUUCUAUUUAAUUUUAUUUUGUAUUUUUUGCUGCAGUAACGUGAAUUUCCCAGUUUGGGAUCAAUAAAGUAUAUCUAUCUAUCUAUCUAUUUAUCUAUCUGUCAUGUGUCCUCAGGUGAAUGCCCUCUUUAAACUGUCAGUGCUCGACUCGGACAAGUCCAACAUUGUCCAAUGGCACAAAGCCUUCACCAACAGAGGAUAUUUUUGUAUGGUGUUCGAGCACUUGGACAAAAGCCUCCUUGAUUUUAUAAGGGAGAGACCCUUCAAACCUCUCCUUCUGAGAGAGAUGAGACCAAUCAUCCAGCAGGUAUGAGUAACUGAAUUUAAUUCUGAUUUUAAACAAGAACAAAUACUGAUGUUCACGUAACAUCCUGAGCUUUGUUGUUCAAUUAAUGACCUUUAUGACUUCUUAGGUCGCCAAUGCUCUGGAUCAUUUGAAGACCAUCGGUUUGAUCCACGCAGACCUUAAGCUGGAAAACGUCAUGCUGGUGGAUCAUCGACAUCAGCCCUACAGAGUCAAAGUGAUUGACUUUGGUCUCGCAGAAGAUGUGUCAGCAACAACACUGGGCUCAUACAUCCAGACCCGUCCAUACAGGUAAGGAACCAGAACCACGUCUGAUAUCUCAGCUGUUUAUUGGGGGCUUGCACAUCAACACAUACUUGGGUCAAUGACGUAUAAGAUUUUCAAACAUGCCAAUUUUAAAAUAGCAAAAAUAAGAAUAUAUUUUGCAAAAGUUCAAACACUAAGGAUGUUGUGUAUACAAAAACUCAUGUUACAUUUUUAAAUUACGCAAUUUUAGUGUUUUUUCAUAUAGAUGAAUUGCCCGUGGCCUUAAAAAAUGUCAUGUGGUGCGACCAUUAUUUAUCUCAAAAUUAUUACAUUUUUUCCAACAUACUUAUAGGUUUUUUUUUUACAAAUUGUCAGUAAUAUCAAGUAGAUAGAAAUAAAGUGUUUGCAUUUCAUUUGAGUUUUUGUAAAUAAUGGUCUCACAUUUUAGCUCUUUAAUGUCACAGUAGCUAUAUUAAAUGUAGUUAACUGACUAUUUUUUUCUUGAAAUUGCAUAAUACUGUUAAAAAUGUUUUAAGACUACCUUUCACUUAAGCAUAUUGUAUCAGAUAUUAAUGUUUCAGUUACAGAAAUUAGAUAUUUUAGUUUGUAUUUAAUACUAUUAAUGUUAUUAUGAUGAUAUUAUCAUGAUAUUUUGACACUCUUUAGUUCAGAAAAUUUUCAAAUAAGAGCUGAUUUUUGAAAAGUUGAAGUGACUACAAAUAUGCAAGAGACACUACACAUAGAAAGCCUAUUUUUGUGCACUUAAACCUUUUCUAACUUAAAAAAAAUACAGCCGGACAGAAUAUUUAGGCGUCACGUCAUUGACCGACUUGUGUUUUGUUGGAGGAUUUGCUGCAUUAUUUGUAGAAUUGAUGUGUGAUAUGUCUUUGUCCUCUCAUAGAUCUCCAGAGAUUCUUUUGGGGCUUCCCUACACAGAGGCCAUCGACAUGUGGUCUCUGGGUAUCAUGGCUGCCAGCAUGUACCUUGGCACUUAUCUGUAUCCUGGUCGGAAUGAAUUUGAUAUGGUACUUUAAGUUUACUGUUUCUUUCUCAGAACAGAGUUUCAUGUAACUGAAAUAAUCAUCAAGAAUCAGCUUUUAAUUUGUAUUUUAUCUCUAAACUCCUCACUUUAUUACCUCCUCACAUUAAUGUGUAUUUGAUUGAAUUAUAUUUUUUAAAUCGUUUAAUUAAUUUAUUCUUUUAUGGAGAACUUUUCCUCUUCACUUUGAUGUCACCAUGUAACUUCUUGUUGUGCUGCUUUUUCAGAUGAGGUUCAUUGUUGAGACUCAGGGUCCACCACCAGACAACCUGCUCAAUGAGGGGCUCAAGACAUCCCAGUUUUUCCAGAGAGUUAACCGGCCCAACCGUCAAUGGAAAAUCAAGGUACCUAACACUAACUCUUACCCUACACUUUACCAGAAGCCAGUCACAUUUUUUUUUAAAUAUGGGUGUUGAUUUGGAGGCAUUAUUGUGUCUGGUUGGCUAAGAAGGUUUCCAGGUGUGUCAAAGUUAAACAUAGUCUUGUUUUUUGCCAAGUAUUAGUUUUCUAGGUUAAAGCUCAGGUGAAGAAAGCAUAAACCAUUCAACUGAUUUAUGCAAGUUGCUAGAACAUGCUUCAGUCAUUUUUAGGUUUUCUUAAUGCAAUGUCACUGAAUAUAAACAAAUACGAUAUACUGAGCAUUUUGAAACAGUCACCACCAGGGAAGCUGGAGUGUUGUGGGACAGUUUUUGUAGCCUAGCCAGAGUAAACACUGGUGAGAGGGGCCCUGAAAUUCAGGUUGAGGGCAGUUCCAGUAUAAAAAAGGCCUUAGCAGACACAGCCCUGAAUAUCAGUGUAUUGUGACAGAUGUGCACAAAUGAAGCUCUUUCUGUUCUUUUGCUAGUCAUUUAAGGGCAGUAAUGCUCUGACUUUAAAUAUGACCACAUUUUAAAUACCUCAGUAUAAACACCUUGGUGGGAACUGUCCCAUACAUGUCUUGUACAAAACAAACUGUGCCCUGACUGUAGCAUCUAUCAAACUCACUGUCUUUUCAGAGUGUGCUGAGAUAUUUCCGUGAGACAGGGACCGCGUCACAAGAGCGCAGAAGAGUCAUCUUAAAUUCUCUGGAUGAAAUUCUGAAUGUACGUACUUUUGUUUUUGUCAUUAAUUUAAGAAUAAAAGAAAAAGAUAAAAAAUGUUUAAAAAUGUUAAAAGUUAAAAAAAAGUUUUUGUUGAUUAUCUGGUAAUAAAACUAACACCUCUGACUGUGGUUGUCUUUGUCCUCUCUACAGAUUCGAAGUUUAAAGUCUGACGCUGCUGCAGACAAAGUUCUGGAGAUGAGCGACAAGCAGGUCUUUCUGGACAUGCUGAAGGGAGUGCUCCAGCUUGAUGCAGCCAGAAGACUGACACCCCGUCAGGUGCUGGAGCAUCCCUUCAUCACCAUGAGCCACCUCACCAGCAAGUUUCCCUACCCGUCUUAGUAAGUGGAGACUAAAAUUCUCAAACGUUCAGAGUUAUUUCUCUCCUAUCAAGUGUUUGCAGGAAAUAUUACUCGUGCUUUUUACAAGUCCCACAACUAAUGAAGAAGUCUGAUUUAUGAUUUGUUGUCUUGCAGUUUCACUUCCUCUUUGGAGACCAUGGCUGCCUUUACAAACAACAGUGAGAAUGCUGGGGCGUCUUCACAGCCUUCUCCCACAGGCAAACCUCAACCCUCCCAGCAGAACAGUCCUGCUACACCUGCUUGCAGCAGCAGCAGCCUUGAACAGUCACGGUCCCCCAUCAACCCUCAUCCUCACACUCCUUCCCCAUUGACAAGUGGAGGCAAGACAGGGAGGAAAAGAAAACUUGAGGAUGUUGAUGAAAGUACGGACGAGAGCUGCAGUUUGUCCAAAAAAGUGAAGUCUGGGCCCAGGUAGGAUAAUCUACACCAGUAACAUUCUUGUUAACCUGUUUACAAAACAAAUCUGAAUACUUUAGAGGUUGAUGGAAACUUUUAUGGUCUUUCUGCAUCAUAAUAAUUCAACUUUUUUCUUAAAAUUACAGCGAAACACCUGCAUGCCAGUUCACCUCCUGCAGUAGCCAGCAUGCAGCUGACAUCACCCAGAAGAGCACUCCUAACCACCCUGAUCAUCCUCCUUUGCUGACCACCAACACUCAAGAGAGGACGAGGAAGAGAGCCAGAUCAGGAGAUGGUUCUCAGCAAUCUGAUACAGAAACACCCGAAACUGACCACCGCAACAAAACUCUUCAUCUUAGCUUGGGUCUGGCUGGAGACAAGAGCAAAUCAGGAGUCAAGAGAAAAGCGGCUGAAGAUUUUGGUCAGAGAUCAGAAAAAAGGAGAAGGAGUUUGUAGAGGGCUCAGGUAAGUCAAUAUAGUCAACACACAAUGUGUAAUGCUUUUUGUAGUUUAAAACAAAAUAUCAUAACAUGCUGUCAACCACAGUAACACAUAAGUUUGUCUAACAAGUCCUUGUUGACUUCCAGGACCAGAGGUGUGGACUACACCUGAGCAGUGGAGCCAUCAGAACAGCAACCUCCAUAUACCCCUGUCCUCUCCCCUCUUCACUCUACAUUCCUCCCCAACCCAGCAGCGGCAUGGUGGCUGUCUAACAUGAGUCGGGUCCUGCCCAAGGUUUCUGCCUGUUAAAAGGAAGUUUUUCCUUGCCACUGUUACUCAUGUUAGUUGAGAUGGGCCAAAACCCAUCUUAGGUUGGUUCUUGAUCAUCAAACAAUGAGCGUGGUCUAGACCUGCUCUUGUUCCUUGAAAAGCGUCUUGAGAUGACGACUGUUGUGAAUUGGCGCUAUAUAAAUACAAUUUGAUUGAUUGAUUGAUUGAUUGAU